CGUUAGCUUGUUAGCGAGCUAAAUCCCAGACGAGGCCUGUAAAACCGUUUCGCCUCAAACAUUUUCAGUGCCAUGUAAUUUUUUUAAAACAAUGAAGUAAAGUAAACAGAAACGAAUGCUAUUUUCCCAAGCUGCUAUGUCGACACAUAGCACGUAACGUCAACUGGUUAAAAACAACAAACAAAAGAUAGCUAACGUUCUUAGCAGCUAACUUUAGCAAGCUGGUUAGCUAGGUGUCAACUGCUAAUGCCGUUGUUUAAAAAUAAAUACAUACACUAAGUUGUUCCAAAUGUAAAUAUGUACUCUUUCUACAUAAUAUACAUUUCGCGAUUUAUCUCAAAUCAGGCAUAGAUUACAAAAGUUUCGCUACCGUAUCAAUCCAACACAGGCGUUGUCACAUCCGGGAUUCAUACACAUGAUCACAGUGAAGGAGGCGUUUCAUUCAACACGGCCUCCAAUAUUCUUGAGGUUCAUCUGUGGCUCAUCAUAUGGCAUUUAGAUUCAAACCGGCAAGCCUUCGGGUACUGGUCCGAUGUUCUAAGCUUGAGGCUACACAUGCCAACCCAUACAGGAUUGCUGACAUACAGGGACGCUACAUUAGGUUGGACUCUCUCAGGCAGCAAUGGGAAGAUGACCACAAGAGGGCACUGAAGUAUGGGAAGCUGUGUGGUAGCAGCAAAGGGAUGUCGAUUGUCAGCAUCGUUGCGAGGGAGAUCCUAGACUCCCGGGGAAACCCCACUGUGGAGGUGGACCUGUGCACAGAGAAAGGUCUUUUCAGGGCUGCAGUGCCCAGUGGAGCGUCUACAGGCAUCUAUGAGGCUCUAGAGCUGAGGGAUGGAGACAAGAGCCGCUACAGGGGCAAAGGUGUGCUCAAGGCAGUGGGCCACAUCAACGACACUCUGGCUCCUGCUCUCAUAGCAUCGGGUAUCAGUGUUGUGGAGCAGGAGCAACUGGACAACACGAUGAUUGAAAUGGACGGCACAGAGAACAAGUCUCAGUUUGGUGCUAAUGCUAUCCUGGGAGUCUCCCUGGCCAUUUGCAAGGCUGGUGCAGCAGAAAAAGAGGUCCCCCUGUACCGUCACAUCGCUGACCUGGCAGGAAACACAGAGCUGGUGCUGCCAGUUCCAGCGUUCAACGUGAUCAACGGAGGCUCCCACGCGGGCAACAAGCUAGCCAUGCAGGAGUUCAUGGUACUUCCUGUCGGGGCGGAGUCUUUCAGGGACGCGCUUCGGGUGGGCUCCGAGCUGUACCACACGCUCAGGGGGGUGAUCCAGGAGAAGUACGGCCAGGACGCUACCAACGUGGGCGACGAGGGGGGGUUCGCCCCCAAUAUCCUGGAGAACAGUGAGGCGUUGGAGCUGAUAAAGACAGCCAUCGAGAAAGCGGGCUUCACGGAUAAGGUGGUGAUCGGGAUGGAUGUGGCGGCGUCCGAGUUCUACCGCGAGGGGAAGUACGACCUGGACUUCAAGUCUCCUCCGGACGCUGACAGGCACAUCAGCGGAGAGGAACUGUCAGACAUCUACCAAGGCUUCGUUAACGACUACCCAGUGGUGUCCAUCGAGGACCCGUUUGAUCAGGAUGACUGGGCCGCCUGGUCCCGCCUCACGGCUUCCGUGGGCAUCCAGGUUGUCGGGGACGACCUGACGGUGACCAAUCCCAAGAGGAUAGAGAAGGCUGCCGAGAAGCGGGCCUGCAACUGCCUACUGCUCAAAGUCAACCAGAUCGGCUCUGUCACUGAAGCCAUCCAGGCGUGUAAGCUAGCCCAGGCCAAUGGCUGGGGGGUGAUGGUCAGUCACCGUUCAGGAGAGACAGAGGACACUUUCAUCGCUGACCUGGUGGUGGGGCUCUGCACUGGACAGAUUAAGACAGGAGCCCCAUGUAGAUCUGAAAGGCUGGCCAAGUACAACCAGCUCAUGAGGAUCGAGGAGGAGUUGGGGGAUCAAGCUCGCUUUGCAGGCUAUAACUUCAGAAACCCCACUGCCCUGUGAGACCAGACAGACAGACACAUCGCCGCCAACCAGAUGCACAGUUACUUUGAGACACAAAGACAGAUGGACAGAUCAAGAUAUAAAGAGACCGACCGACACACACAAACGUGCACAUAGAGACACACAAGUGUAGAUAUGAAGCCUGCAGGGCACCUAAGAAAGACAGGUAUGAGCAUCAAAGAGAAAUUGAAACACACAGCGCUGUAUACAAAAAAAAGCAACACUCCGACUGAUGGCUGACAAGGACACACUAACUACAGGCUGACUGAGAAUAAAAACACACGUUGUAUUUUGCAGUUGUUUGCGCUCAUUCACCCAUGACGACACAACUGCGCUCUCCCUCCUUCGUCCUCUUCUCCACUUUCCUUUCCUGGCUCUGCAGUCAUCCCUCAUUUUUGUUGUUGUUUCUUGGUUACUUCAAAAGGCUCUCCUGGUGUUGCUAUGAUUGCAGGAAUUGGCCUGUUCCUCCAUGCUUGUCCCCGUUUCCUCUUUGCCUACUAUCCUUUGGUUACUCUGGCAACAGAAUUGCUGUCGUGAAAGGACAUGUGAAAUAAAAUGGUAAUUUACAGUUUCAA